AAGGAGCCCGCGGUGGCCCAGAAGCUGCGCGUGAUGCAGUUCCUGGCGCGGAUCGAGGAAGGCGAGAACCUGGAUUGCACCUUCGAUAAAGAGUCGGAUCUCACUCCCCUCGAAUCGGCGAUCAGUGUCUUGAAGCUCAUUGAGAGGGAAUUCUCCGUGGCUGAGAAGACGAUGGAAACCAUUCAGAAAAUGCUGAAGGAAGCUGCUGUUAUUGUCUGCAUCAAAAGCAGAGAGUUUGAUAAAGCUUCAAAAAUUUUCAAGAGGCAUAUGGGGAAAGACCCCAAGAGCCAGAAAAAGAGAAACGAGUUGCUGACCAUCAUCCGGGAGAAGAAUUUAACUCACCCGAUAGUCAAAAACUUCUCUUACAAGAACUUCCAGCAGAGCAUGUUCCAGUUCCUGAAGACCUACAUGGAUGACUCGGAGCCCCUGCUGCUAACGAUAAUGAAAAAGACUUUGAAUUCAGAAUGUGCUGAAGAACCAAAAUGCUCAUCGGCAACUCCUGAGUCUGCAAAGGGACCAAGGGAGGAGGCAGCAGCUCCGGAGCCCUCGGGAGGGACCGGUGGCCCAGCAGGAGCUCCAGAGCCUGCAGAGACAGCCCAAGACCUGGGGAGAGCUCCCAAGCCCGCAGAGAGCGCAGACACCGCUGCAGCAGCUCCUGAGCCCAUGGAAGAAGCUAGUGACUCUGCAGCAGCUCCCGAGCCUAUGGAAGGUGCUACAGACCCAGCCGCAACUCCUGAGCAUAUAACGGCAGCGGUUAAUCAUGUGGAAGAUGCCUCAGAGCCUAUGGAAAUAGCCAAAGAACCAGCAGCAGCUCAGGAACUUCCAGGAGCAUCCUUCAGGGACUCGGCAAGGCAGCCCUCCGGAACUGUAACCACAUAUGGGAUUUCUGUUCUGAGAGAAGCUUUCAAGAUCCUGUCGAACUCCCAGGAUUCUGACGCACUCUUCACCAAACUGGACGAAACAGACUUUUCUUUCCCCAAGCAACUGUCUCCUUCUGUAUCCCACAGAACGAAGAGACGGAAAGAAGAGGAGAAUCAAGAUUCUGAGGUCUCAGACCCUCCUGAAAUAUCCCAUAAGGGCAAACGCUUGUUGACCAUAAGCAAACUGGUCAUGGAGCAAGACAGCCAGUACAGCGAGUCGAGUGAGACCCCAGACUCUUCCCAGGAGCCAGUUGUGUCUUCUGCUUCCAGACCUGUUCAGAAAUUGCAUGACCAGCCUGUAUCUGCCAAGAGUGCCAAGUCCUUCCAGGGAAGGUGGAACAGCUCCUAUGGCGAAGAAGUAAAAGACAGUUGGAGCGAGGAGGAUGAGCUCUUCUCGGACACAGCAUCACUGGGGGCAGACAGCCACAACACUACAGUCUUCGGUUCCAAGAAACAGAAAUGGACCGUACAGGAGAGUGAGUGGAUCAAAGAGGGCGUGAAGAAGUUUGGAGAAGGCAGGUGGAAGUCCAUUUGCGAGAAGUACCCCUUCCAGAACCGCACGGCAGUGAUGAUCAAGGACCGCUGGCGGACCAUGAAAAAGCUGGGAAUCCUCUGA